CCAGAGGUGCAGAUUUAAAUGCACAAAUGCAGCCUGGAGGGCAAACCAGGAAGCAGCACGGGAGAGAUCACCCAGCAGGUGUGAACACAAACAGCUGAACUGGAACUACUGAGAUGAAUAGGAGAAAAUAUUCUAAAAACAGUGCCUCAAGGGGCCAUUUUCAACGUGCAAAAGGCCCAUAUGAACGACAAAGAAGGGGAUUUACAUACGGCUCACCUCAUUUCCAUACCUCAGUGAACGAGGAUCCCUUGGAAGGGGGCAGCACCUUCAGUGGCCACCAUUCAUACAGCAGGUCUGGCAGGAGUCCCCAUGAGAAUGACACUAAAGAUAAGACCCUUAAGCCAGAUGUUUCAGGUGGGCCUUCAAAAGAACGCUACAAUGCAAGCCCUCUAGUCCGGAUGAUCGUGACAGACCUGCAGCCCUUGUCUAUAAUUGAGGGCGCUGGAUUUCGGGAGUUUAUGAGAGCACUGAAUCCUGGCCAUAGUAUUCCAAAAGGGAUAUCUACUUUACGCUCAGAACUCCUACAGCUGUAUGAAUCAGUAAAAACAGAGGUGAAAGCAUCCCUCUACUCUACGAAUGAUGUUGUCCUGACGUCAGAGAUGUGGACAAGAGGAACGGAGUUCUAUCAGACAGUGAGCUGCCAUUUCAUCAGCCACAACUGGGAGCUGAAAUCCUACGUGCUGGAAACAAAAGACUGUACUGGUAAAAAUACAGGGGAAGAAAUAGUCAACCAACUGCAGACAAUUUCAAAAGAAUGGGAAAUUAGAGAGAAGGUCCAUGUUGUGGUUAUGAAUGGGUCAAAUGUUCCAAGUCCUGGUUGGACAUACUUUCCAUGUUUUGCACAUACUUUGGACCGUGUGUUCAAGGAUGCGUUGAAGGGCGACCCGACCUGUGAAGCACUUCUGAAGAAGUGUCGACAAGUAGUGAGGUUCCUCCACCAGUGCAAUGCCACAGGCAAGCUAAAGGAUUCACUGCCUCCGUAUGAGCUAAUGCUAUCCGAGGAAACCAGGUGGAAUUCUACAUUCUAUAUGCUGGAGAAGCUCUCGCAGCAACACAAUGCUAUCAACAAUAUGCUCUCCCACAGUGGUGAGAAAUCUCUCCGUCUAAAUAACCGUGAACUGUCAAAAAUCAAUGAAAUCGUGGCUGCUCUUCGACUUUUUGAAGAUGCCGCAAAAGACAUGUCAAAACAGAAGUAUGUCUCAGUUUCCGGGAUUAUUCCUCUGGUGAAACUCCUGAAGGAAAAACUGGCAGAACAGGCACGAAAAGGGAACAAAGUAGCAGAACAGCUGGCGGGAAAGUUCACACAACACUUUGUCCGUGUUGAGGAUAACUAUACUCUAGUAGCUAGCACAACUUUGGAUGCAAGAUUCAAAGACUUUACACUGUCUGGCGACAGCAGUACAGAGCAAACGAGAAGAAAAAGACUAAUCAAAGAAAUACUCAGUCUGGGCAAAGCAGGCCAGUCAACAUGCACUACUCCCGUAUUUCCAGACAAUUGCCCAGAUGGAUUGUGGGAAGAUUUUGACAGGGGGUCUGAGUGCGAAGAAGAAUUACACAGAUAUGCCGCCAAAAAGAAAAUUCCAAGGGGGGGGAACCCACUGUCCUGGUGGAGGUUCAACGGUGAGGAAUUCCCAAAUCUCCAGAGAGCGGCUCGGAGGUACCUUGGGAUCGUCUCCACGUGCCCCCCCACCGUGCGAGCUUUCUCCAGGGCUGGCCAAGUCUACAGUCUUCAGCGUCUUCGCCUAGAGCUGGAGACCAUCAGCGUGAUGCUGUUCCUUAACGGAAACUAUAUUUUCUCCAAAAGCAAUUGAUUAGAUCAUAGAUGUAUUUGUAAAAUGUAUUUCCGAUUAUGGAAUUCACGCAACCCUAGUCACUAAGCUCUGCAAAUCCAUUUUAUUUCAAGUGAUGUGAGAGUCAGAUUUAAGAAAUGGAGGCCAAAGCACACCUAUUGCAUCAUCACUAAGCUUUAUGUGAUUGUCUAAUUUUAGCAUUCUCUGUUUUUAAUUCUGGCCCAAUUUCAUGUUGACUGUCAUCUCUCCCCUUCAUGGGUAUGUGUGCUGGGAUAUGUACAGCGUUGGGGGCAAUUUAACAGGGUGCGGUUAAACUAGUUGCUUAUUUACAUUUUGCAGAAGUUCGCUGGUAGGUCAACUACAUUCAAAUUUGUGUAUCCUAUUGGCUGUAGUAGUUCAUUAUAUUUUUAUCAUGUUGAGGUGUAAUUAACAGCAGGAACUACCAACUACUUUUGGCCUUACAACAUUUUUUAUUUUAAUUUUUUAUAAUCCCUUUGACCAAAUAUCGCCACCUCUCUCUCACUGCCUUCACUCUAAUCCUUACCGGUGAAAAUUACUCUGCUCCACUUCAGAUGUCGACUGCUAAUUGCCACACAUUGGUAGUUACACCCACAGUGGUAAAGUGUAUAGUGAUUCUCCCCAUGGGAAAACUGAAGGCAUUGCUCAUAUGUGCAUCAUGUUAGGGAAAUAUGAUUAUGAUGAUUUUUUGAAAAUUUUUAUACAAAGAGGUUUGAACAAUGCUUUUGGAGUAGUCGUAGUUUUGUAGGAUACAUUUAUCUUUAGGGUAGAUUUUCUUUGGUUCAAAUACUUUCAGUGCGAGGUAAUUGGUAGUUUGUACAAUAUGAUAUAAC